AUGGCUUCUGCUAUUUCCUUCAAAAUAUACAAGAAUGCUCUACUGUUCGCUGCCUUGCUAAGCACUGCAAAGGCGCAGCAGGUCGGCACCAAUACUGCUGAAGUUCACCCGUCCUUGACUUGGCAGAAGUGCACCAGCGGAGGCAGCUGCACUUCGCAAUCUGGCAAAGUUGUCAUUGACUCGAAUUGGCGUUGGCUUCACAACACCGGCGGAUACACCAACUGCUACACCGGCAAUACGUGGGAUACUACACUUUGCCCUGACGAUGUCACUUGCGCCACCAAUUGCGCCCUGGAGGGUGCCGACUACUCAGGCACAUACGGUGUGACCACCAGCGGUAGUUCUUUGCGACUGAACUUCGUCACGCAGGCGUCCCAGAAGAACAUUGGCUCUCGUCUCUACUUGAUGCAGGAUGAUAGCAGCUACGAAAUGUUUCAGCUGUUGAAUCAAGAGUUCACCUUUGACGUUGAUGUAUCCAACCUCCCAUGUGGUCUGAACGGUGCUCUCUACUUCGUGGCCAUGGAUGCCGAUGGUGGCAUGGCGAAGCACCCAGCCAACAAAGCCGGUGCCAAGUACGGUACUGGUUAUUGCGACUCCCAGUGCCCGCGCGACCUCAAGUUCAUCGACGGAGCCGCCAAUGUGGAAGGUUGGGUGCCAUCUCCCAAUGAUGUUAACGCUGGUACUGGCAACUAUGGGUCUUGCUGUGCUGAGAUGGACAUUUGGGAAGCCAACAAAAUCUCCAAUGCCGUCACGCCUCAUCCAUGCGACACCCCAACCCAGGUCAAAUGUGAGGGUGAUGCCUGUGGUGGUACUUAUAGCAGUGAUCGUUAUGGUGGCACUUGCGAUCCAGAUGGGUGUGACUUCAACCCAUACCGAAUGGGCAACCAGUCUUUCUACGGACCGAGCAAGAUUGUCGAUACUACUUCUCCCUUCACGGUGGUGACUCAGUUCAUCACUAACGAUGGCACAUCCUCAGGCACGUUGUCGGAGAUCAAGCGCCUGUACGUGCAAAAUGGAAAGGUGAUUACUCAGUCAUCGUCUACUGUCAGUGGUGUGACUGGCAACUCUAUCACCGAUUCCUUCUGCUCUGCUCAGAAGACCGCCUUCGGAGAUACCGACGUCUUUAGCAAGCACGGAGGCCUUGCAGGCAUGGGUGCCGGACUCGCGGAUGGCAUGGUUCUUGUGAUGAGCCUGUGGGAUGACCACGCGGCCAACAUGCUCUGGCUCGAUAGUACCUACCCAACUACUUCCACGUCUACGACCCCGGGUGCGGCUCGUGGUUCUUGCGACAUUUCCUCUGGUGCACCCACUGAUGUGGAGACGAACAACGCGAACUCCUAUGUCAUCUACUCUAACAUCAAGGUCGGCCCCAUCGGUUCAACCUACAGCUCCGGAAGCUCUGGCUCGGGAACUACCACCACCUCGAAGACUACCAGCACCAGCACCACCUCUAAGACCACCAGUACCACCACCAAGACUACCAGCACAACUACCUCGGCAGGAUCAAGCACCACUGGGGCUGCUCACUAUGCCCAGUGUGGUGGAAGUGGAUUCACCGGCACGACUACUUGUGCCAGUCCCUACACCUGUCAGAAGCAGAACGAUUUCUACUCUCAGUGCCUGUAG